AUGAGUAAAGAAGAUCAAGAACUGUUGGAGCAAAACGGAGAAAUUGUCAACAAUAAUCACGAACCUCAGCCUGAAGUUGACGUUUCUCAUCCUCGAGAGGAUGGCUUUCAACAUGAAUAUGACGAGGAGUUCUGGCGAAAAGUAAGCUUAAUCAAGAGAUUAAAAUCCUUUAUCAGUUAAAUCUUAAAAGCUUUUUGAACCUCUAACCUAUAGAAUUUUAAACUUCGGCAUAUAACUUAAUUUAUGAACGACAAUGGCGAAAGGAAAUAUGAGAAUCUGCAUGACUACCAUUGUUUUGGUUCCGUGAAAUUUAUGGGAACCUGUUUUGGUAUUUGCUGCUUUCAUCACUUGAAUGACUUUUAAAUACAGUGGAAACUUUAAUCUGAUUAUUUCUCAGAAAAUUUGAUCAGUUACGUGUAGAUUGCAUUUCAAUGGCCGCGAAAUCCAUUUUUAAACAUUUCAUUCCUUCACUCGUGUUUUUAGAAAAACAGUGGUGAUGACAUGGUAAUGGCAAUAAUCUUUGCAAUAAAAUCCUUGCUAGGCUUUUCUUAUUUGCCAUUUGCGGCUGUUCUCCUAAUCCACCAUAAAAGGAAACACCUGUCACCCCUUUGUGUGUAGGUUCGUUGUAGGCAGAGUCAAGGACUGUCAUGGAGUAAAGCCAUGGAUCUAAUUUCUGUUGAAAGACUGGCCCAGAAGUACAGAGAUAAUGGAGAAUUGGAAAGUGAGGAUCCAGCACUUGUGAUGCUGAAACAGUGGCCAGCAUCUAAACAGUACAAAGAAAAUCCUGAUAGAUUGUUAGGCCUUGAACAGAAGGUAAAAUUAUAUGAGUUUUGUUUGAGUAACUCGUCGACUAAUUUUAUCAUCGUGUGGCAUUGAAGGGUAUGUGAGCACGUAAAAAAAAUCAGGUGGCACUUGACAUAGUGAAAUGGUAGGUACAUGUGAAGUGCAGUAUUAGAAAAUAAGAAUUUCAUGUGCAUGAUCAAGCCUGGGUUAAUGCCAUCAAACAAUUGAAUAUCUUUCCAGCAAAGUAACCCAAUGUGUGAUGAUAACAUUGAGACAAUGAAUUCCAUCAUUAAUCAAUAAUUACACCCAUGAUGUUGCUGUCUUGCAGAUAAAUAAUCUUCUGGAGAUUAUGUUAGAAAGUGAACUAAAUGCAAAUAACAAAUACCAGACAUUCAGGGAUAAAAAAGACAAAGCAAGAAAGACAUUGUUGCACUAUGCCUCAGAACUGGGAUUUUUACAGGUCACCAGAACAUUUGUAGAGAAGUUUCCUGUGCUUCUAACUAUGCAGACAGAAGUGGUUAGGAAAAAGAGAACUAUGUUACCAGUUGAGUUGGCUUUAGUAUCUGGAAAUGAUGAGGUGGCUGCAUAUUUGAUCAGGAUGAUGUGGCAUGAUAGGUAUGGUGCUUACUGAAACUAUAAAGAAAUUGUUCCCUCUUGUUUAAUUAGCUAGGAAAUGUUCUCAAAUAGAGCUUUCAAGGCAAGGUGGACCUCUCCGUUUAACAAUCAACUUUUUUGCUUGCUUAUUCACCUGGAAAAGCUCAACACCAAGCUACAUUUACUUAAGCUCCAAAAGGGUAGCUCAGUUUCAGAAUUCUUUUAGGGCUGUUUUUUAAAGCAUCUUUCCAAGGAAGAAAAAAACUUGCAAAAGAGCCUGAAAUAUUGAAAUGACAUAAAUUUUCCUAGUUUAAGUGUUGUGGAAUUUAUAUUUUUUAACAUUUACAGUAUCUUGCUGUCACCAGGGUCCAGAUGUUGUUUGUUUGGAGACCAUUUAAUAUGACAAAUCCUCAGCCAUCUUUCUUCAGUUUUAAGUCCAUUAUUGAGAACUCUAAAAUGCAGGUAGGUAUUUUGAAUUUGUGUAUUUAUCAACUGAAAAAACGCUCGGCGUGUUCCUAUAAAAACACAUGAUUAAAGCAUUUUAUGAUAACUUGUUAUGAACAGAUCUCUUUCUGUAAAUUGUGACCCUCAUGCUGAAAUCUUAAUAAACAUAUAGCUUAGAUUUUAAGUCAUGCAUGUCAUCAAGGAAAACCACAUCUUAGCUGUAUAAUUUUACAUUUAAUUUACAAGUACCAUUCAGAAAUUGAAAGCUGGCAUACACUGUAUGCAUGUGCUUUCCACAGAAAACAGUCUUAGCUGUUCUGGAUCAGAUGAUGCUCCCUCACUGGCCACACCUUCCAAAACGGAAGGAUAGCUAUGAAAAUGAAAAAGAGAAGGAGGUAGUUGAGGGUGCCUGGCGUACAAUCACAGAUGAUCCUUUGGACUAUCAUUUUUAUUAUCAUAUUUUGGAUGGUGACGAGGGAGGAAGGCCCCCAAAAGUCUUGAUGCUAGAAGGACAUGGACAGACAGAUAACAAAUAUUUCAAUUGGAGGGACAAGUCUUGUUUACAUGUCAUUGCGAAGAACAGAAAUAAGGCAAGGAUAGAAUUUUUUAAAAAAAUGAUCAUUCUUUGUUUAGUUCUCACACAAUGUGUAUUUGGAGAAAUGCUCUUAAGAGUUAAGAACAACCAACACAUCCUGUGAAAAGAUUUUGGAAUGGUACACGCAAGAAAAUUUCUUGUUGCUCUAGUUUUAGAGCACUUAUAUUCUUACCUAGACAUUUCCAUUUGGCUUCACAAUUUUUCAGGAGGCUCUGCAACAUCCUGUAGUUAGAAUGCUGAUUAAAACAAAAUGGAAAAGUUAUGGACACUUUUUUCUGAGGUAAUUCUUAAAAUUUAGAUGUAUAUUAAUCACAAAGGAAAAAUUGAACAGUUUUUUUCUGGAUUAUCAUUUAAUUCACUUAAAUAUAAAAUUGUUAUGCUGAUGACCAGAGCUACCAGAGAUGUAUCAGAACAGAAGAAGGGUUAACAGUGGAUUUAAGGAGCAGAAAAAGACUUUUAGUUUAAAAUAAUAAAAAAGUCAUGUAAGGAUGUUGUUUGCGAGUCCUGACCUUCUUUUUGCAAAAGAGGAACAUGAUAAAUUGUGUCUUAGCAAGAUGUCAUGAUAUGGCUUGUUGAUCAUUCACUAAAAACAGUUAAAAUAGAACAUAAAUUAAAGCAAAAUAAUGGUUAAGUACAAUUUAAGAAUUACAUGUACUUAUACAACUUGUAACCUUGUUUUUUACUCAGCCUUCAAGCAGCAUUGUGUGUGUUUUUUUUGCUGUGUUUGUCAUACUCUCUGCUGAGUGCUUCCACAACAGUAGACCCCACCCAAUAUGGGGGUGAAGCUGAUUCACAGCGUGGUGUUUGUGAGAUUUUCACCUUAAUUAUGGUGGUCUUUUACGUAUGUGAAGAAAUUAAUCAAAUGAGAUUGUAAGUAUGCAAUUGUAGAGAUUGUGAAAUAAGAUUAGAACACCAUGUUUCCCCAAAGCUUAGGACAUUUUAUCAUUUAUAAGUGUACAUGCAAGUUGUAAUAGAUUAGGGAAGACCUGGUAGCAGUUUAGAGGUGGAAUUAAUUAUUUUACACCCAACUUUGAGCGUUAGUCCUUUGUCAGAUUGAGUGGAGGAAUUGUAGGUAUUGUUUGAUUUGAGUGCUGGAAAUUGAUGAGAACAUGGUAAGGUGAAAAACACAAGAAUGAAAUGGUUGAAUGAACAGUGUGCUUUGCAAACCUUUAUUUCGUCUGAUUUCCCUUAGAGAGGGGAACUCGUACUUCACAGAAUGGAUGACCCUGUUUGACUGGUCAGGCCUGUUACUGAUCCUGUGUAUAAUACCCUUGCGGUACACACAAAGUAAAGCUCAGUGGCUUGUGGCAUCUUUAGCUUUCUUGUUCAACUUCCUAAGGAUCUUUAAGUUUUCUUGCUUGACAAGGUAAACUGCAUCAUAAGCUACGUUUGAUAGGUUUGAGAGAAUGUCAGCAAAUUAGAACAAGAAAAUCAUAUCUGUGAAGCAUACUCACACAGUUGGCUUAGGUUUGGAUUUUGGUUAACAAGCCUAAUUUAUAAUUAAGGCAACCCCACCAUCUUGGCACCUUCAUGAUGGAAAUUUGGAAGUUUUUAAAACGUCUCAACGAAAAAAGAUAUAGAAUAGAAAGAUUAAAAAAAGCGUCCUAGGAGAGGAGACAAACGGGAGUAAUGAAAUUAAAAGAAUAAAGAAGAUUGGCAAUUUGUUUAAAACAGCCAAAUGCUUUCCAUGAAGGCGACGCAUGGCAACGUAUCCACCUCACCUGAAAUUUUAUUAGAAGACUGUUGAAAACUGUUAUAUUCUUAUUAAGUAUAAUUCGAACAUCAUUAUGUAUCACAUAACAUGUGUCCUUAAUGUAAUAGAACCGUGUAUAUUUUUUUUCAGGACAACCGGGUUAUACACAAAAACCUUGGCUAAGAUCAUUUUGCACGAUGUGACAAGAUCCAUGGCGGUUUUUAUUGUUAUCUUUUUCUCCUUCUGUGGUGCUUUGUCUUUAUCGCUCUGUUACUCCGAUGAAAACCAACAGUUUAGGUAUGUCUUAAUCUUGCUUGCUUAAAUGCUACUGAAUAAAUGUGUUGAAUUAUUUGGUUGGCUGAUGUUUACUCUGCACUAUCUGCGAAUUUUAGUCGGAUGAAAUGUAUAUGAUAACACCUGAAGUGAUUUGAAAUUUCUGUUAAUGUAUUGAAGAUCAGUCUAUGUGUUACAGUCCAUGCUAAAUCUAUUUUUUUACAUUAGUGACUUCGGAGAUGUGUUAUUGAGUGGCUUUCGCGCGCUCUCUGAACAAAGACCAAUUGCUGACGAUUAUUCAAAUUUCAAGUGAGUUGAUUUUUCUCUAAAAGGUCGAAUAUGUUUUUACUCCGUUUACUUGUUCAGAUCUCUUUACCUUAAGAUGAGUUUAUUACCGGUAAGAUAAUAGGUGAAGCUAACCACGUAAGAGCAUUUGAUUUAUUCCUUGCAGCUGGCUCUCCAUUCUGUUAAUGAUGGCCUACAUGGGGAUCGUGAUAGUGAUUCUACUCAACAUUCUCAUUGCACAAAUGAGUACGACCUACUCAAAGGCCAGGAACGUCGCUCGUCUGGAAUAUGAUGUGGACCGUAUCUUACAACUCACACGCAUGGAGAGAUUUCCUUUUCUGGUAAAUGAACAUUCUUCGCUAAUGAAAUCGUAGCGUUUCAUCAUUAAGCGUGCACCGAUGUUCGUGAUUGACGCUAAGUGGCAGCGUGUAUUAGCGCCAUACGUGACUGUGAGCGCGAGGAGAAGAACGUACCGUUAGGGCAGGAGGGGGCUUAGGUAUAGUUGUAUUUUUCUGCAAUUGAGGGGUGGCCUAAUAGACUUAAUCACUUUUACAUCUUUUCUUUAUGCAGAAUCUGCGCGUGAAGUAUUACAAAGAGGGAGACUGGAUCAGUGAAAUGAAACUCGCCCAAGGUCUGCGUGAAGUAUUUAACCAGGACUAGUUUCACGAUAAUUUUUAUGCGUAGCAAUCGGGAAAAACAUUUUUUUUUAGUCUUGUAUCCUAUUUGUACUUCUCUGAACGAAGGGAGAUGAAGAAGACCUUCGGCUCAGUUGAUACUCAGUUAUAAUAGAAAAGGAGUAAUCUUUCUCGUGCCUUAACAGCUGUUAGGUUCUUUAUGUUCUUAAAUUUGAUCUUGGUUUGUUUGUAGAUCUUCUUGAAUUCAAUGAAGAUCGCAACCCUUGGGAGUCGGUGGAAGAGAAACUUACUGCGAUUCGGUAACAAUUAAUUGCUUUAUCUUAUUUCCUAUCUUUCCUGCUAUCGGCCUAAUUUUUGAACUCGUUCUCUCAUUACUGGACUUUCGAAAAGAUCGACUUCCUUGUACUCAUCCUUCUUUGUUUCAGCAGUCAUGUUUCACACCUUCUGUUUUAUUUUCUUGUACAGGGAUAUGAUGAGGAAGAUGGUGAAACAGAUGAGGCCUGGAAUCAGAUGA